AUGGUACCAGGCAACAAUACACAAAUUUCAGAAUUUGUUCUUCUGGGAUUUUCAAAGGAACCAGCAUUGCAGCCCCUCAUAUUUGGCCUUUUCCUAUCCAUGUACCUGAUCACUGUGUUUGGAAACCUGCUCAUCAUCCUGGCCAUUAUCUCAGAUUCCCACCUCCACACCCCCAUGUACUUCUUCCUGUCCAACCUGUCCUUUGUAGACAUCUGUUUCAUCACCACCACUAUUCCAAAGAUGCUGCUGAAUAUAAUAACUCAAACCAAAGUCAUUACCUUUGAAGACUGCCUCACCCAGAUGUAUUUUUUUCUACUGUUUGUACAGUUGGACAACUUCCUUCUGACAGUAAUGUCCUAUGACCGCUUCAUAGCCAUCUGCCACCCUCUGCACUACACAGUCAUCAUGAACCCUGUUUUCUGUGGACUGCUGGUGCUGAUAUCAUGGCUAAUAGGUGCCUUGAAUUCCUUGUUACAAAGCUUACUGUCAUUACGACUGUCUUUCUGUACCGUCUUGGAAAUCCCCCACUUUUUCUGUGAAUUCAAAGAGGUGAUCCAACUUGCCUGUUCUAAUACCUUUCUCAAUAAUGCGAUGAUGUAUUUUGCAAUUGGGCUGUUUGGUGGUGGUCCAUUCACUGGGAUAUGUUACUCUUACUCUAAGAUAGUUUUCUCCAUAGCUGGAAUCUCAUCAGCUCAGGGGAAGUAUAAAGCAUUUUCCACCUGUGCAUCUCACCUCUCAGUCGUCUCCUUGUUUUAUUGUACAGGCUUAGGAGUGUACCUUAGCUCUGCUGCUACCCAUGGAUCACACUCAAGUGCAACAGCCUCUGUGAUGUACACAGUGGUCACACCCAUGCUGAAUCCCUUCAUCUACAGUCUGAGAAAUAAAGACAUAAAGAGAUUUCUAAGAAGAUUCUUUGGGAUGGUGGCUAUAAAAGGGCCAAUUGUCCUGGGGCUGAAGAAGUGUCAGUUAUUACAGCACUGA